AUGGUCCUCCUCGCGCACACGCAGCCGCUGCGGACGGCGCUGCUGCGGCCGUGCGCGUCUCGCGCCGUGCGCGCCCUCGGCGCCCGCGCCUGCAGCAGCGACGCGGCCACCGCGCCGGCCGAGGCAGCGGCGGAGCCGGAGCAGCUGCGAUCGACGUUUCUGGAGACGAUGCGCUGGCGCGGCUUCCUCCACCAGUCGACCGACCUGGCCGCGCUCGAUGACGCGAUGAGCGGCGGCCGCGUCGUCGCGUACCUCGGCUUUGACGCGACUGCGAGCAGCCUGCACGUGGGCUCGCUGCUGCAGAUCAUGCUGCUGCGCCACUUCCAGCGCGCGGGGCACAAGCCGAUCGUGCUCGUCGGCGGCGGCACCACCAAGGACGCGUCGCGGCAGCUGCUCGACGAGGAGGCGAUCGCCUCAAACAUCGAGGGUAUCUCGCGCGUGCGCUUCCUCACCUUUGGCGAGGGGCCGACGGACGCUCUGCUCGUCAACAACGACGCGUGGCUCUCUCCGCUCUCGUACCUCGCCUUCCUGCGCGACUACGGCAGGCGCUCCGCCACCCGCCACCCGCCCCUCUCCCCACCUCUGACCACCCCCCUGACUAGUCUGCAUCGCUGCCGGCACUUUACCAUCAACCGCAUGCUCUCCUUCGAGUCCGUCAAGCAGCGCCUCGCGCGCGAGUCGCCUCUCUCCUUCCUCGAGUUCAACUACAUGAUCCUCCAGGCAGACGGCUCGAGUAGCAGUGCCACUGCGACCACCAUCGCCGCUACUCCUCCUCCUCCUCCACUCCGCUCCGACCAGUGGGGAAACAUCAUCUCUGGCGUCGAGCUCGGGCGGAGGGCGGACGGCGCGCAGCUCUUCGGCCUCACUGCACCGCUCGCGGACGGCAAGAAGAUGGGCAAGACGGCGGCGGGGGCGGUCUGGCUCAACGAGGACCUCCUCUCGCCGUACGAGUAUUGGCAGUUUUGGAGAAACACCGCCGACGCCGACGCGUGCCUCGCGGAGAUCCAGGCGACCGCCGCGUCGCUCUUUGCCGCGGGCGGCGGCGGCGGCGGCGGCGGCACAGCGUCGCUCAAGCGGGUGAAGCUCUCUGCGGACGAGGCGGCGGCGGGCGUGCCGGUCGUCGACUUGUUCGUGUCGCUCGAGCUCGGAAAGAGCAAGUCCGAGGUGCGGCGGCUCGUCGCCGGGGGGGGCGCCAAGCUCAACGAUGUCAAGAUCGAGGACGCCGCGCUGCUCAUCUCGACGGCGAGCUUCGAGGCCGCCAGCGAGAUCAAGCUCUCGGCGGGCAAAAAGAAGCACGGCGUCGUCGAGCUCGCACAGUAGCGGCUAGCGUGCGGCGCACACGGCACGGCUACGACCAGAACCACACGGCUAGGCCCCUCCAACAUGCCCUCCCUCCAUCCGCUUGCACGCUGCUGGUGGCAGAUGACAGCCUUGGCCCUUGCGGCUUGCGCGAAGUCACUAAUUCUGCGGCUUGGGGCUUGGGUGGCGAGGACACAUCGUAAACGCGUACUCUAAUCAACAUAAAUA